AUGGUGCGGGCUGCGCGCGGGACGCGGGGCGGGCUGCGCGCGGGUCAGCGGGCGCGAGACGCAGCGGCGGCGGCGGCCACCACCGUGGCGUACGGGGCCGGAGCGCGCCGCGCCGGGUGAUCUUGAGUUCUUCUUAACUUGCUAGUGCUCAGCCUCCUCAUGCCUCCAUCUCCUUUAGACGACAGGGUAGUAGUGGCACUUUCGAGGCCAGUAAGACCUCAGGAUCUCAACCUUUGUUUAGACUCGAGCUAUCUUGAAUCUGCCUCGUCUGCUGGUGAGAGCCACUCCAGUCUGCUUGGCGCAGCUGUCGUGUCCCUAAAGACUGCUAAUCUCACGUAUAUGCCCUCAUCUAACGGCUCUGCACGCUCCCUGAGUUGUGGAUGCAGCAGUGCCAGUUGCUGCACUGUGGCAACGUACGACAAGGACGCUCAGGCCCAAACUCAAGCGGGCAGCAGCACCCACGCCGGAGCUCCCCCCGCCUGCCCUGCCAACCAAAUGGUCAACAGUAAUGAGAACGCUGGCAGCCUGAGCCCGCUGGGCGGAGUGGGGAGCCCAGUCUCGGGCACCGCCAAGCAGCUCGCUAGCAUCAAAAUCAUUUACCCCAAUGACCUGGCCAAGAAGAUGACCAAAUGCAGCAAGAGCCACCAACAGAACCAAGGGCCUGUCAUCAUUGACUGCAGGCCCUUCAUGGAGUAUAAUAAGAGCCACAUUCAAGGGGCUGUCCACAUUAACUGUUCUGACAAGAUCAGCCGGAGAAGGCUCCAGCAGGGCAAGAUCACCGUGUUGGACUUGAUCUCCUGCCGGGAAGGCAAGGACUCCUUCAAGAGGAUCUUUUCCAAAGAAAUAAUAGUUUAUGAUGAGAAUACCAAUGAGCCAAGCAGAGUAAUGCCUUCCCAGCCACUCCACAUAGUGCUGGAGUCACUCAAGCGAGAAGGCAAGGAACCCCUAGUCCUUAAAGGAGGACUCAGCGGUUUCAAGCAGAACCAUGAAAACCUCUGUGAUAACUCCCUCCAGCUGCAAGAGUAUCCUGAGGGGGGAGGAGGGGGCGGUGCAUCUGCUGUGCCCCCCACGCUACCUCAGUCCAUCCCCACCACGCCAGACAUCGAGAACGCUGAGCUCACCCCCAUCCUGCCCUUCCUCUUCCUUGGAAAUGAGCAUGAUGCUCAGGACUUGGAGAAAAUGCAGAGGAUGAACAUAGGCUACGUCAUCAAUGUGACCACCCACCUGCCCCUGUACCAUUAUGAGAAAGGCAUGCUCAACUACAAGCGGCUCCCGGCCACUGACAGCAACAAGCAGAAUCUCAGGCAGUAUUUUGAAGAGGCUUUUGAGUUUAUUGAGGAAGCUCAUCAGUGUGGAAAAGGUCUCCUUAUCCACUGCCAGGCUGGUGUGUCCCGAUCUGCCACCAUAGUUAUCGCGUACCUAAUGAAGCACACACGCAUGACCAUGACAGACGCCUAUAAAUUUGUAAAAGGCAAACGACCAAUCAUUUCCCCUAACCUUAACUUUAUGGGGCAGUUACUGGAGUUCGAAGAAGAUCUAAACAACGGUGUUACACCACGAAUCCUCACACCAAAGCUGAUUGGCGUAGAGACUGUCGUGUGAUGGCAAAGCUGUGAGGAGGCGGUCAAUGAAGGGGUAUAACCUAUUCUUCACCUGAUUUGGGGCAGUGAUGGGUGGGUUGUGGGGUUUUCUUUUUAGCUUUCACAAGGGGGGUUUUGUGGCAAACUUUUUGUGAAUAAAAACCUUUUUUUUGUAAGGAAAGGUUUUUAAAAGAUUCAAGAACUUCGCCCUGUUUGGGAUGCUGUUGUGAUUUCCUUCCCAGACGCCAGCAGAGCAGGGAGGCUUUGGAGCAAAAGGAGUACUUUUAAAAAUCAAAACAAGAAGAAGAAAUACUGGGCUUUUUUUUUUUUUUUUGUCCUUUUUCCCUUCUCUCCAGCUACUUGUAGAGUUUAUGGCUAAGUAGUCUGUGCAGGUUCAUAGACUGAAGGAAACCUAAGUUGAAGAUGAAACACAAACAGCCAAAACAAAGCAGAAAAAAACCUUCCUUGAAAUAUAAGGGCCUUCAUGGUGCAAAGGCUUUGCUAAAGAUAACCUAGCAAAAUACUCACUGAUGCAAAGGAAAUCAGAGCAGCUUAAAAAGUCUGCAAGGCACUUUUCACACUCCUGACUCAAACUAAAGAAGAAGAAGUAUUUGGUGUGUUUCAUGUUCCAGUUCUAUUUUUCUAUUUUGGGGUGUAGGGUUUUAACAGUAAGGGACUUUGAUCAUUCUAUGCCAUAUGCCUUCACUGGCUUCUUGUGCAAUAAUAAUUUGGGGUUUGUUUUGAGUGUUCAAACCAAUUAGAGUUGGCUGCCCACUAAUAAUAAUAAUUUUUGAAGUCUAAUAGUGCAACGGCAGCUGGCUUGGUUCAGAAAGGAUAAUUAAGAACAAUGAUUUUGUUCCUUUAUAUGGUUUUUGAUCCUGGUUACAGUGCCAUAAACCUUGUUACAUAUGUAUAUCAGAAUGUACAAAAAUUGAGAACGAGCAAAGUUUAUUUAAAACUAUUUUUCGCACAAAAUAUCGGUGUGUUUCAGUUGUCUAUGUAAAAAGAAUUUGAUUAUAAAACAAAAAAUCUUUUGGAAAA